CCAUUGCACUUCUCUAGGUGGAGUCUGAGACUGCUGGUCCCUCAGUCCCCAGGACCCUCCUCCUGUCCUCAGUCAUGGCUCAGGCGGGCAUGUGCGCCAACAACCUGAAUCUCAAACCCGGGGAGUGCCUUCGAGUGCGGGGCGAGCUGGCCCCCGACGCAAAAGACUUCACGCUGAACCUGGGCAAAGAUGGCGAAAACCUGUGCCUGCACUUCAACCCUCGCUUCCAGCAGCACGGGGACGUCAACACCAUUGUGUGCAACAGCAGGAGAGCAGGCGCCUGGGAGCAGGAGCAUCGGGAGUCUGCCUUCCCCUUCCAGCCCGGAAGCGUGGUAGAGGUGUGCAUCACCUUUGACAAGGCAGAGAUGACCAUCAAGCUGCCAGAUGGACACACAUUCAAGUUCCCCAACCGCCUCAACAUGGAGACCGUUGAUUACCUGGGAGCAGAAGGUGACAUCAAGAUCAAGUGUGUGUCCUUUGAAUGAAGCCAGUCAACAACCCAUAAGCCCUAAUAAAGGCAGCUGCCUCUGA